AUGGGCCCUCAGCCUUGGGCCUUUUUCCUGUGCUUCCUUCAGCUUCAAGCAGAGCGCCCCCAGGACUUUCGCCAGCGGCUCCAGCCCAGCUCUUAUGAGCCAGGGCCGGGGGCAGACGGGCAAGACUCCAAGGAAGGUGCCUUUAACUACUCGGACCUAAACAGCCAGAUCUCGAGGCUGAAGAAGGAAGCCUCUGAGUACGAGGAUCAAGUCAAGGGUCCUGUGGUGGAUCAUGCCGACAUGUGGCUCCAGCAGAAAUCUCGCUAUCAGGAGUUCGUGAAGGAGCUGAACCACGGCAUGAACGUUCAGAAGCAGCUGGUUCAUAAGCUUCGCACAGAGGAGAGAAAGAGAGCUUUGGGCAAGAUGAAGGAGGCCAAGAAGGAGACGAACUCCACGAAUUCCACGGAAGGGAAGGCAAACCAAAGUCAAGCUGAGCCAAGUCCAAAGUGA